GCUCGUACAGACAUGGCGGAGCAGCCCACAAACCUAUCGGACUAUGAACUGCAGCGCCUGGCGCAUAUCCGUCGCAACCACGAAUUUCUCGUCUCGCUCGGGUUAGCCGAUGCCGCCGUCGACCCCGUCGAAGCGAUGAGAACCGGCAACAAGAAGAAGCCCUCCAAGCCGAGAGCGCCGCGCCGCCCCAAGAUCGCGCCGCCACCCGAGUCGCUGCGGCGCUCGCCGCGCCUGAAAGGCGAGGAGGCCGAGUUCGGCGCGGAAAUUGUCAAUUCGUUCGGCGACGAGGACGACGAGGUCCGCCCGAAGAAGCGCGCGAGGGCCGAAGAGAUGGACGACGAGGCACUCGCGGAGAUGCGAGCGGAGGCGAUGGCGUAUUUGAAAGAGGUCCGCGAGGCGCAGCUCGUGCUCUCCGUGCCCGAGGGCGGCGAGAGCGGCGACUGGCGCAAAGAGGCCAUCCGCCGCUGGGGCGCUUUAGCUGGCGCGGGCAAGGAGGACCGCGACUGGAAGCUCUUCGUCGAGUCGCGGCUCAGCACGCCGCCGCCGGUCUCGCCGAUCGACUUUCUGCAGGAGUACUACGUGGCGUGCGGUGUUGUCAAAGGUGCCUUCGACCUUAACGCCAGGCGUCGCGUCGAUGGCGUCAGUGACUUACCGCCGGUCUUCGCGCAGGCCGCCGACUCGUGGCGCUUAUUGGUCUCGUGCAUCCUCAUGAGCAGGGUGAGCUCCUGGAAGACCAAGCACGAGUGCAUCUCCGCGUUCUUCUAUAAAGCCCACUCCGACAGCCUUCGCUGAGGAGUCCGACUCGGCCAACGUGCUGGCGGCCAUCAAGUCGCUCGGGCUCUUCGACGACCGGCUCCGCUCGCUCGUCGCUCUGACGGACACGUUCCUCCGCGGCGCGCCGCUCGAGCCGUCCAAGAAGAAGUCGCCACGCGCCGACGAGUUCAAGGUCGAGACGGACCGCAAGUCGGUGCACAAGGUGCACGGCGUCGGCCCGUUCGGCGUCGAGUCGUGGCUCGUGUUCUGCAAGGACCAGGGCGCCACCAUCAAGCUCUCCAAGGGCGGCGAGCCCCUCGCGCCCUUUGUGGCCUGGCGCAAGCGCGCGGCCAAGGCGGAUGCGAAGAAG